AUUGGCUCCGCUUCUCUUAACGUGUCAUAAACAGUGCAAUCCGGAUGGUGACAGCAAUUCUUCAUAUAAACCUUUUAAAUAACGGUAUAAUGACGCCGUGAAGACAUUGGAAACGCGUUUAAAAAGGUGUAAAAACAAUGGAGGACAUUAAAAAUCUUCCCAUCGACAUACAGACCAGCAAGCUUUUAGACUGGCUGCUGGAUCGACGGCACUGUAAUCUGAAAUGGCAGACGACAGUAAAGGCGGUCAGGGAGAAGAUCAACGCUGCCAUCCAGGACAUGCCGGAGAACGAGGAGAUCAAGCAGCUCCUCUCUGGCUCCUACAUUCACUACUUUCACUGCUUGAGGAUAGUGGAGAUACUGAAGGGGACUGAGGCUUCCUCUAAGAACAUCUUUGGCAGAUAUUCAUCUCAGAGGAUGAAGGACUGGCAGGAGAUUGUCUCCCUUUAUGAAGCAGAUAACAUCUAUUUGGCGGAGGUGGCCAGCUUGCUGAUUCGCAAUGUAAGCUACGAAGGCCCGGCUCUGAGGAAGCAGCUGGCCAAAGCCCAGCAGAUGCAGCAGGAGCUGAGCAGACGGGAAACAGAGUGCCAGAGCUCAGCUGCAGACCUGAGGGAACGAUACUAUGCCGCCUGCAAACAGUAUGGCAUCAGAGGAGAAAAUGUGGCUCGAGAGCUUCAGGCUCUGGUGAAAGACUUACCGGCGGUUCUCGACGAAGUCGGGAAGGACGCAGCAAAGUUGGAAGAGCAAAUCCAGCUUUACUCUGCUUUUACAAACUUUGUAUGUGACUGGUCUGAACCAGUCCUGCCCAUGCUGACAUUUGCCCAAAAAAGAGGAAACGCAACAUUUUAUGAGUGGAGAACGGGGAAAAUCCCCACAGUUGUUGAAAGGCCAGUUGUUGAGGAAGCACCACCUGAUGCAGUCACAGAUGACACGAUUGACUGGGGCGACUUCGACAAAGGAGCAGAUGACGUGGGUGUGAGUUCAGGCAUCACAGUUGAGGGUGGAAUAGACUGGGGCAUCAGUCUAGAGCCGAACUCUGAGGACACCGAUGCAGGUGCCAUCGACUGGGGUGACAGCGAAGCAGCUCCCGUUGUUAUUGAAGUUGUAGAUGCAGGAACAGACUGUCCCGAGGGCGUGGCAAAGGGGGAGGAUGCUCUGAGCAUACUGGAAAACUCUCAGUCACGCAGCCAGUUCAUCGAUGAGCUAAUGGAGAUGGAGGUGUUCUUAACGCAGCGCAUUAGCGAGAUGGGAGAGGAAGGAGACGUCGUAGCUAUGAGCCAGUUCCAGCUCGCCCCCUCUGUUAUCCAAAACCAAACCCGCAAACACGUCCAGGAGAUGCUGUCUCAGGUGCAGGACCUCGUGGGUCGGCUCACCUCUCUUCGAAUGCAGCACCUGUUCAUGAUCCAGGCCUCGCCACGGUAUGUCGAACGUGUGUCGGAGGUGCUGAGACAGAAGCUGAAGCAGGCAGACAUUCUGGUGCUGAAAGGUGCCACCAUGGCUGAGAAGAGGCAGGAGGCCCUAGAGGAGCAGUCCAGACUGGAGCCUCGAGUUGACCUGCUGGCAGGACGCACCCGGGAACUCCAGAAACUGAUUGAAGCAGAUAUUUCAAAGCGAUACCACAACAGGCCUGUCAACCUGAUGGGAGUUAUUAUCUAGAGAGCCUCACAGAAGGUCGCUAUCUACAAGGAAAAAUAAAAAUCGGUAUUUAAUUAAAA